GGAUCAUCUAGUUUGAAAAUUCCACAAAAUCAAAUAAUUAUCUCCAAUUCUUCAUCUAUAUAACCCAUCCAUCCUAGGGACCUCCUGUCCAUCAACAAAACAAAACAAUAUACUACAAAAUAAGUAUACAAUUAAGUUGUCAAAACACAAAAACAUUUGUAUCUUCGAAUCAGAAUUCAUCAUGAAGAUGAGAGUGGUUCUUGCCAUUUUUGUCAUGAUGGUGAGUUUAUCGCCAUUAGGUCAAAGCCUUCCCGAUGACCAAAGCCCGAAAUCAGUAGAAAAUUGGUUCAAGAAAUUUCCCCAUAAUGCACAACCCAAGUUAACAAAGCUCCAUUUCUAUCUUUACAACAUAGUGAGCAAGAACCCUCCGAACAGUGCUCCGGUUGCUCAGGCAAGCACCACCCCCUCGACGCCGGUCACGAGUUUCGGUUUGGUCAACGUUCUAGACGGUCCGUUAAGAGAGAAGCCCGGGUCGGAAAUCAUCGGUUACUCACAAGGGCUGUUUACGUUUGCCUCACAAGAAAAUAGGGCAACCCUAAUGACCCUUAACUUCGUUUUCACUGCCGGCCCGUUCAAAGGUAGCACUCUCAGCGUUCUAGGGCACAAUUUGGUGACCGCAAAGUACAGAGAAUUUCCGAUCAUUGGUGGUUCCGGCGAUUUCCGGCUGGCGCAAGGGAUCGGUACGGCCAGCAGUUACUUCGUGAAUGCCACUUCAGGAGAUGAUAUUCUUGAAAUGAGCUUCGUUUUCUACCGUUACCCUCUUGCUGGUGACUCUGAGCUUGUAGCUGAAGAGUGAUUUGCAUGGAAGCAUGCAUGACGUGGCACUUGCGCUUUGACUUUUGAGCUUCUUUGACCUUACUUAAUUUGCUCGUUGUACUUUUAUAGUUUUAUGUGGCUUUUUUUAUUUGCACAUUUCUGUCUUUUCUUUUUUUGGUCCCUUUUUUGUUUUAGUUUUGUGUAAGGUAUGAUGCGAUGAAUAAAAUAACACCGAGUAUUGAAAUAUAUCAGGUCCUUUACAAUAAAGUUUUCAAACAAAAUUUGGUUUGCAC